CAAACAUUCAAUCCAAAAGCUCUUGUAAAUCUGAAAAGAAAAGAAAAGAAAAAAUCUUUUCAGCCUAUGCACUAGAGUUUACUUUUAGCUGUAUUUAAUGUUGUCCCUCAGCGAAAACAUUAUUAGUGGUGGUAAUACCAAACUUCAUUGCUUUUCAAAUAAUUCCGGCAGUUCAACAGUUAACAGCCAAUAAAAAGCCCGCCUGUGUGCGAAUCUAGUCCUUUCAGCCACGCACUAGACAUUAAAUUUUGGGAGGACAAUUAAGUAGAGUUAACUGUUGCCUAUUCUCCCUGAGGUAGCUUCCCUUUUGAUCCUGCGGCGCCUGGCGCCUUCCAAAGCAUAACUUGUCUGCCUUAUUAAAAUGCUCCAACUUAUGGUGAAGGAUUGCCCGGUGCUUUUCAAAUGAAGCAGCAACAAUCAGAAAGGAUCAAGACGAGCUGCACGGCAGAAAGACUAAGACCAAUGUAAUAAAUUAGCAAUUACCCUUAUUGCAGCCCGGGGGCCACCAGCCGCCUCCCUCCCCAGCCAGGCGGCUCCGGCCUGAGAGUGUAGGCGGCCAAUGGCAGCCCCUCGCCCGGCACGUCACGGGCUGCAGGGGGGAGAUUGGAGGGCGGCCACAUGAAAGAGGAGCGGCAGAACUUUUAUAGCUGUUAAAGUGCAGGAGAAGCUUGCAGGGUCCCCGAGUCCCAUCGCGAGCCUGCUGCCCUGCCCCAAGCAUGGAGCCCGGGACCCCAUCUCCCACCCUGCACUUCGCACUGCUGGUGCCUGAGCCUGGGGCAGGGAGCCUGGAGCCUGGACCCCACCCCUGAGGCUGGAGCUGGGUCCCUGGAGUCUGGACCCCACCCCUGAGACUGGAGCUGGGUCCCUGGAGUCUGGACCCCACCCCUGAGACUGGAGCUGGGUCCCUGGAGCCUGGACCCCACCCCUGAGACGAGCUGGGACCCUGGAGCCUGGACCCCACCCCUGAGGCUGUUGCUUGGGCCUGAGUUCUGGGGCGGUGUCUGGAGCCUCUGGGGGUGCGUAUGCAGGGCUGACUCCCCUUUGCCCCCCGCAGCAGUUUUAUGGCUCCCUCCUCCCUGAGGAUGAAUCCUGGCCAGAGGUCUCUGACCCCAGAGACAGCCCACGCGGAGACCAGCAAAGGAGUGGCCGCCCUCGUCAAGGGGAGCCCCCUUGCUGAGGAGCAGCUGCCCAGGAUGGGCUCCAAGGCACUGGGAUGCAGGGGCCAAACCACCUCCAGCCCUCUACUGCCUUUCAGUGUGGAGUCCCUGCUGAUCACGGAGCGCAAGCUGUGUCCCCAGAGCAGUCGCCCGCACCAGCCACCCCCCGCUGCCACUGCCGAAGCGCCACCCACCCGGGCCCGGAGCAGCUUGUACACAGCGGAGUCAGGCCAAGAUUUCCCGGAGCAGCGGACUAAGCAGCAGCCACUGGCGGUGGAGAGUCCGGGUGACAAGGAGCCCAACUCCUGGUUUGCAAAGUCUGCCUGUUCUCCACCAAGGCAGCCCAGCCCUCCACCCUGCACUCUGAGGAAGCACAAGAACAAUCGCAAGCCCCGCACGCCCUUCACCACCUCGCAGCUGCUGGCGCUUGAAAGGAAGUUCCGGCAGAAGCAGUAUCUGUCCAUCGCCGAGCGGGCCGAGUUCUCCAGCUCUCUCAAUCUCACAGAGACCCAGGUCAAGAUCUGGUUCCAGAACCGCAGGGCUAAGGCCAAGAGGUUGCAGGAAGCAGAGCUGGAGAAACUCAAACUGGCCACCAAGCCCUUGCUGCCCUCUUUUGCCCUGCCCUUCCCGCUGGGGGCACACCUGGGCUCCCCCUCCCUGUACGGAGCCACCAGCACUUUCCCCAGCAGAGCAGCCCUGCAGCCUGUCCCAGGUCUCUUCACAGCGCCAGUCACCUAUGGCAUGUACUACCUGUCCUAACAACCUGGUGCAGGGGCCAGGCUCUGUGUGCAGCACUUGGGUCACAGUGCCCCCGGCCUGCGCUGCUGCACAUAGGGCGAGCAGCACAAUAUGUGGGCCGGCAAACCCACUUCUUCGCUGGCUGCUGAUUGUGGACUAGCCCCCUUCUGACCAGCAUGCACUGAGUGGCUUAUGGCUGCCAAGGGUCAGUCCCUGGCUGUGGAACAGCAGGCGAAAAUCUACUGGGAAUAGUGUUUGGGCUUCAAUGCUGAAGGAUAGCUGCCUCCCAGAUUGUAGGCAAGAAAAAGUUCCUUCCCCAUGGGCUCCCUCACUUCAGCACCCCAGUGCAAUGCACUUGCUUCCCAGCCCAGCUGGCACAGGGCUGACUUUAGCUCUGAACUGUGUCAGGUUACUCUUGAUCCUGGUAUGAAUCUGAUCCUGUCUUCCAGCCUCUGAACAGGGGAGACCCAAUCAUAGUAUAACUGGAAGUUCCUAUCACCCCAUAUCGAUCUCUAAUGGCCUUUCCUGUUAGCAUCUCCCUCUCCCAAGCAUAUCCUAGUCUGGGGAGCUUGUCCCUGAGUGUAUUCAACAACCACAAGUCACUGGUCUCAAUGCUGGGGUUGCAGAGAGCAGGUCUCUGGCCUGUGCUGGUCUGACUGACUAACGUGAUGGUACUGUGUGGCCUGAACACCCGUGGAUGGGAUUGUGCUGGAUACUGACACUGCAGCACUGCAUGGGAAGCCUGGUGCUUCCCCUGCUCCCGAUGCUGCAUGGCAGAGCACAAGGUGUUGAAGGACAACGAGAGUAAAACAGCACAAAGCAGAGACUGCUCCCCCCUGCACUCCUAACACACACACAUUCUUCCAGAACCAGCUUGGGUUUGAUUAAUCAUCCCUCCUCAGUGUCUUCCUCCCCCUACCCCUGACUACCCAUCCGCAAGGCUCCCCCUGGCAUGAAUGAGUUCCACCCAGUCAUGAUUUCAGGGUAUGGGACCAAUGGGCCUGACUAUGCAGCCAUUAUCCAUGAGCAGUUGGCCUUACGGAGUCACCCCAUUGGGGGAUGGAGCUCUGCCAGGCCCAUGCUGCUUUCCCUGGGGCUGGCAGUGACUCGAGGCCAGGUACCUUAGUGCUCUCUUGCUUUAAAUAGAGGACAGUCUGAUUUUUGUAUGGGUCACUAGGGGGCUGUAUUUGAGGAUGCUAAGCUGUUUAUAGGUGAGCUCUCGCUAGGACUCACAGGUGUGUCUACGCUGUGUGCAUUUCAGCCCAUGUGAAAGGCGCAGAGCUAAUUCCACGUACAUAGUUUGGGUUUUGUACAGAGCCCUGAAUGGGCUGGGGCAGAAAUCUCCCUGUUUUGUACAAAGCAGUCAGUCAAUAAAGCCUCUAAGUUAAUCAAGGCAGCGGUGCGGCUCACAGCUUUGUUCUUUGUAAACAAUAUCGUAGCUUUCCCCAAAAUGUAACAAACCGUUUCCUAACCAGAGCCAGUGUAUUCAGCCUGCACAAUGAGGCCUGGCUGCUGGGGAGAGCCAAGAGGGGUUCAUGUAAAAUACUGCACAGAUUAGCGAGGCCUGCCUGGCAGGUGUCAAGCUUGUGCCGCACACACAGCACAGCUUCCUGCCCUGCCGCUGCGGUAAUGCUUGGGGCUCUUUGGAUGUACUGCAAAAAGCUACCUCUGCCAUUGCCCCGGCGCCUAGUAGGGUGACCAGAUGUCCCAUUUUUAAAGGGACAGUCCCGUUUUUGGGGAGUUUUUCUUAUACAGGCACCUAUUACCCCCCACCCCGGUCCCAUUUUUUUGCAGAUGCUGUCUGGUCACCCUAGCACCUAGCCAGCUACUGUGCACUGCCACUGCUAGAGGCAACCCCCCAGCCAUCUCAGAGGAGUGAACAGAAUUGAGGUGGCUGCCCUGCUGGAGAGCAGAGCCACUUCUCCAGGUGUUGGAGGUCUCCCAUUUGCCAAGGGUCUCGCUCCAAGCCCCCAGGCAGUGGCUCCGGUCCACUCCCUAGCACUUUGCAGCCCUGCUUCACCCCCCCAUCCCUACCCCACAAUGUAGGGG